AUGGACAUCAAUGACCUACACCCGCAAGAUGACCAUGGUCACCGAUUCUUUAUAUGGCAUGAAUGGCUACAAGCGUAUGGCCCGUUGACCGCAGAGAAUGCGUUCGACUACUUCACCUCAAGCAUGUUCUACGAUAAGCAGAGCAACAACCAGGUGCUUCGAAUGCAAACGAUGCACACUGGGAUGCCCCUGUUGAACGAAGCUGAGGAACUGAGACGAUUCACCGGCGUGGAAUUUGCGUUGGUCCAUGCCGAGCCUCCUUCGCUAUUCAUAAUUCACAAACGCGAGCGGCUCUCUCCGGACGAAGUUCGACCGCUAGCCGCAUAUUUUAUCGCGAAUAACCGGAUAUACCAGGCCCCUGACAUCUAUACAGUACUGUCGAACCGAUUGCUCGCGACACUUCAUUCUCUUCAAAAUUCUCUCAACAUCUUGCGCAGACACCGGCCUGAUUACACGCCAAGGACGGGAUUUAUAUGGCCUAUCGCGGACCCCUCGAUCCCAGAUGACUCUAAUCCAAAACCUACCGUUGAUGCGGACGGAGACCAAGAAAUGGGCACAGCGGAGUCAGACUCCCAGAAGGUCACAGGGAAAAAAGCACUCACGGAAGUCUCUGCUGGACCAAAAAAACAACAGAACACGAUGCUACUCUUCAACGCCAUGCGAACGACAGCAGCGCACUCCAAGGUCACCCCUCCGUCGGUCCCAGCUGCAGCCGAAAACGUGGAGAUGGGUACACCCGCGCCAUUCCCCGGAUUUCGCGCACCCGCCACCCCUGUCACCCCUGCCUCGGACACGAUACCGAGCGUCCCCCAGAAAGACUCAGGAUUGGCGGAGCAGCCUAAAGGUAUUCCUGGCGCCGGGAAAAAGAAGAGAAAGAGUGAGUGA